CGUCACCGGAGGGGGACUAGAGCACCGUACAGACACUUCCGGUUCUCCGUGGUAACGUGGGCGGGGACAGAAGAUGUGGAGCGGACUGCCCUCACCGGGACCGAGUGACAGCGACACUACCGAGGAUGAGGAGGAGAAACAGGAGACCGGCAAUGUGCCCGCCGCCAGCAGAGCUAAAUUUCUGGAACUUCAGAAGAAGCGUUCCGAGUUAGAGGCGGAGAUCAGCCGGCAGCAGAAGAGGCAGCGGCGGCGUAAGAGAGGGAAAAGAAAGGCCAGUAGUAAAGAAGCUCCCGAAAAGGUUGAAAGCUCAACACCAGAGAAGAUCCCAGCUCUGGAUACCCUUCAGAAAUACUUUGGGAUCAAUGACCACCUGAAUCCACCUGUGUGUCAGAAGGUGCUAAAAAAGUCCCGUCUGGAACAGAACUUGGAUUUGUCAGUACAAAAGGGUGAAAUUGAAGAAGCAGAACAGAUAAGUGACCAGUUGGCCACCCGAGAGCUGGCUGUGAAGAUCACCAAAGCCGCGUCUUGUCACAAGUACAAAAAAGCCAGAGAAGAGCAGGAGUCGCCUCAGGAAGGAGCGAGGAAGAAGCAGAAGAACCUGCCUUGGGGGUUUGAGGCCAAGAAAAGAUGGGAAACCAAAAGCAACAUGGGAUAUAUGUAGUGUGCACAUGGCUGCACUGUGUAAGAGGGUGCAAUAUUUACAUAGAAAUGUGUAUAUAUAACUGAUAACUAGAAAGGGACUCUGCUGGGUUCCCACGUAGUUAUUUUUUUCCUGUAGUUUAUACUCUGUCAUUGCUUUAGCUGAUUAUUGUUACACAGAGCAGCAUUCAGUGUCAUUUGUCCAUUUCUCCCUUCCCACCUGUAACACAAGAAUGGGAAUCCAUAAACACUCUUCAAUGAUCCUUCUGGAGCAAACACUAUCUGUAUGGAGGACAGGCCUUGGCAGUCUCUUAUUUCAUGAAUCUAAUGUGUUCCUGUCACAAACUUGAGUCCAUAAUGAGAAAAUCCAUAAACAGGUUAUCUUUAGUGAUAGGGGUGUGUUAGAAUCAUGAUUCGCUGAAAAUACUGAAUGAACCUUUUGUAUGCAGGUGUACACUACGGGGCUAAGGGAUUAAUAAAAUGUGUCUGAGACAAACUUUGUCUCAACUGGAGCACAGUAAAUCAAUGUUUAAAUGUUCACAUCUCCGCUAUACAGUACAGAACUCAGCACCCCUUUAUUCAUUGACUGAUUUAUAUGCAGGACACUUUGUCAUAGUGGCCCUUACUGCAUGAUACUAUGACCUCACCCACACCGGCAGACUCCAUAUUUUUCUAGUGUCCUUAGAUGAUGGACUUCCUCUCCUUUUUUGGAGGCCAUUUCCUUUUAACCAUUUUUUUUUUCUUUUCUUCUGACCCUUCUAUUAAGAUCUGAGUGUUUGUUGCCCUAGGCUAUCUAGCAGGUUCUGGAUUAACCCUUAGUGCUGUACCUUGAGGAACCAUUCUUGGGCCCCACUAUGUGGGGCCGAUCUGUAAUGUUUGCUUUGCCCACUGGAUUCUGACUUGGGCGCUCACCUUGGCACAAAGUUCAAUGUGUAUAGUUAUCCACAGAGUGCUAUACAGGUCCAGGGCCUUGGGCCAUUUCUAUGGUUUCCAAACUCUGUAGAAUCCUCUUGGGGUAUGACCACAUGGAUGGCAAAGCCUGGACCCCUAAGAGGUAAGGAUAAGGUAAGACAGGGUUUCCCUGUAUUUGGGAGUGGUUUGGAGCCAUCCAUACACAAUCCGCAGUGCUGAGCUCGCAGUGUUGAUUCAUAUGGAGAGGAAUCGGGAAUUAUUCCUUUUUAUUGUGUUACUUUACAGCUUUCGCGCCAUGAGUUUUAAAAUUUUGGCUUUUUUUUUUUUUUGUUUUUUAAUACCAUCCAGACUUCUGAGGAUGAAGACGCUUUUGUGCCUGCCAUAUCUGUCGCCAAAUGCAGACACUUUGUAUUGCCCCUGGUCUGGGUUAUAGUGGCUUCUGCAUUUCACACAUGCAAAACCCAAUUCUUUACACACCUCUCAGGGUGACAGCAGUUCCCUUGUCCUGGAGCAAUGUCCUAUUAUGACACCAAUCCCUCUCAGGUACACAUAAUGCUCCAGGUCCCUUUGACUCCACAUCCUCACCUCAUGGAACAAGCAGAUCCACACUCUAGAUCUUCCUGUAUGUCUUUCCAGACAGACAAAAAAUCUCCCUGGCUUGGUGGAUCUCCAGGUUCAACAAUUGAUCAGAUUUGGUCUCUCUUCCAUCUACCUCAAUGUCCUGCUCCAAACAGCCAUUGCUUCUGUUCACAGAACUGAGUCCCUUUUUGUGUUCUUUGCAGACCCUCUUAGAGGACAUACUGGUUCCCAUCCCACGUGGAUCAAUCAACCUAUUUGCAGGGCCUACAUACCCUUAAUGAAAAGAGUUCCUCCUUUUCUUCAUUAGAGCACCUUCCAGCAGUUCUGUUGGUGUCUCUUGGGCUUUUUGAAAUUGAACAUCUGUAUCCUAGACUUGCAAGGCUGCCGUCUGGCCCUCUAUAGUCACACAUUCCACCAGGUGGAUGCUCAGGCCUCGGCCGAGGCACGCUUCAUCCUCAAAGUGCUUCAAGUUGUCAUCUUGAGUGUGUUUUCAGGUUCUUUAACUCUUGUGUUGUCGUGGGCCUCUUGACAUUUCUGCUGUGGUGUUGUCCCAUCCUUUUUUUUUAUUGCUUGGCAAUGUUCAUGGCUUAUGAAUACAAGUCCUUUAAGAGCCCUUUCACACUGAUGCGUUUUUGCCGCAAAAAUAGCGCUAUUAAAACGCGGUAAAAUAGCGGUGUUUUACUGCUAUUUUAGCGCUCCGUUAUAGGCGUUUCCAGUGUGAAAGGGAUCUUGAGGUAUAAGGAAAUUUUGACUUGCUUUUAAAUUCCCUUAUCUUGGGGUACAGCACAUGCCCGUCUCUUCUGUGGUCAUUCCUUAUGGUGUGUAUAAAGGAGUCUCAUGGAGUGAGUGGGGUUCUAUGAGUGUGCAGUAGGGGGCGUUCCUAACAACUUUUCUUUUUUGUUGUUGCCAGUGUCCAAUUGCCUGCAUAUAAACACAUGGUCUGUGAAUAAAAGUCCUGUACUCCAAGAUAAGGAAUUUACAGAUAAGCCACAACUCCUUUUUUCUAAGCCGUGUUAGGAAAAAAAAA